AUUCCUUGCCACGAGUGCAGUUGGACAUGGAGAAGAAAAGAAAGUUGAUCACAUUGGACAGACUAUCAGGGAAGGAGGGAAGAAGUAGUACUAAAGAAACCGAGAGUAAAAUGUUUGCAUUUUUGCCUGAUGUGGACCUAGAUAUAGAAAGUUUGUGUGCCAGAAAGAGCAGAAAAAUGAGAGAGGAAAAGCCAUCACUGUUGCCAAGAGUAGAUAUGGGAGGAUUGGCACCGCAGCUGGUCAGAGCACUGGUAGGGUCUAGCAGGAGUUAGGUCUGAUCUUGGCAGGGCUGAAGGGCCCUUCCGUGUUGAUUCAGCCACCUGGGGGGAGAGAAGCCAUUAUUCACCUCCUAAAAUAAGAAUUCAAAGCCUGUAACUGGAGUUUAAGAAUAGUAUGGUCUUUGGUCUAUAGCUGGUGCCACUAAAAAUUUUGCUGGCAUUUAUUGAAUGUUGUGAGUAAGACUCCAGAAUGCACCUAAAAUGUGGAAAAACAAAACUUGUUGCUGGAAAAAAGCCUAAACUGAAAAAUGUGAUCCAAGUCAACAAAUUAAUCUCACUUUGAGCCAAAGGAAAUGUUUGAAAUGAAAGUACUGCCAGGAAAUAGAGGAUUCAAGAUCUAGGCGGAAAGAUAUUAUAUGGAAGAAAGCAGCAGUGUUGCCAUGUUGGUGCCAGAUAUUGGAGAACAAGAGGCACUAUUGACUGCUGAAACUGUCAUCAGUUCAUCAUUGGAAAUUGAUGAACAAAGAAAAGUUAAAACAGAUCCAUUAAUCCAUGUUAUCCAGAAGUUAAGCAAGAUCGUAGAACACGAAAAGUCACAAAAAUGUCUCUUAAUUGGGAAGAAACGUGCACGUUCCAAUACUGCAGCACACUCCCUUGAAGCCCAAGAACUUUGCGAGAUUCCAGCUAAAGUAACCCCGUCACCUGCUGGCGAGAUUAGGAAGACGGAGAUGUCACAGAUACACCUCACCCCUGGCUCUCUUGCCCAGAACGAUGGGAAGGCUAUGUCUUACCAGUGUAGCCUUUGCAAGUUUCUGUCGUCAUCGUUUUCUGUGUUAAAAGAUCAUAUCAAGCAGCAUGGUCACCAGAAUGAAGUGAUUCUGAUGUGCUCAGAGUGCCACAUCACGUCUAAAAGCCAAGAGGAACUUGAAGCUCACGUGGUAAAUGACCAUGAAAAUGAUGCCAACAGUCGCACUCAACCCAAAGCCCCGCAGUGUAUAAGCCCCUCCAACUCUUUGUCUCAGAGACCCGCAGAAAGAAAGAAUGAAACCACUUCUGAUACCGCCAUGAGUGUGGACAGUCCGCAAGCUCACCCCGCCCAAAAUGCACCUGUGACAGAGAUGGGUAAGAGGAAGUGGUACGCAUAUGAACAGUACGGCAUGUACCGCUGCUUGUUCUGUAGUUACACCUGUGGCCAGCAGAGAAUGUUGAAAACACAUGCUUGGAAGCAUGCCGGGGAGGUCGAUUGCUCCUAUCCAAUCUUCGAAAAUGAAAACGAGCCCCUAGGCUUGCUGGACUCUUCAGUGGCUGCUGAGCCUGGUGGGCUGGACGCAGUAGUCAUUGCUAUUGGAGACAAUGAACUGAGUAUCCACAAUGGGCCUUCAGUACAAGUGCAGAUUUGCAGCUCAGAAACCUUAUCCUCUUCAUCUCCUUUGGAACAGAGUGCGGAAGGGGGAGUUCAUCUAGGCCAGUCGGUUACUCUUGACCCUAACGAGGAAGAAAUGCUGGAGGUGAUUUCGGAUGUGGAGGAGAAUCUGAUUGCCGACAGUCUGCUUUCAUCUGCACAGAAGAUCAUUAGUAGCAGCCCAAACAAAAAAGGCCACGUUAACGUGAUAGUGGAGCGUCUCCCAAGUGCGGAAGAAACUCUUCCGCAGAAGCAUUUCCUCAUGAAUGCUGAAAUGGAAGAGGGCAAAAACCUGAGCCCAACAGAAUCCCAGAUUGGGUGUGAAGGAAGAGAUGAAGUUUAUCGAGCUGAUAAAUGUACUGUUGAUAUUGGGGGGCUGAUCAUAGGCUGGAGCAGUCCAGAGAAGAAAGACAGUGAGUUAAUAAACAAAGGACUGGCUGCUGAUGAGAACGCCCCACCGGGCCGAAGGAGAACAAAUUCUGAGUCUCUCAGACUACACUCGUUAGCCGCAGAAGCCCUCGUCACGAUGCCCAUACGAGCUGCAGAACUGACGAGAGCCAACCUCGGGCACUACGGGAACAUAAACCUUCUAGAUCCAGACACCGGACAAAGGCAAGUAGAUAGCACAUUGGCGGCCUAUUCUAAAAUGAUGUCACCACUCAAAAACUCCGCAGAUGGAUUAACUACUUUUAACCAAAGUAACUCGACGUUGGUAGCACUCCCGGAGGGUAGGCAGGAACUGUCCGAUGGGCAAGUUAAAACAGGCAUCAGCAUGUCCUUAUUGACUGUCAUUGAAAAGCUGAGGGAAAGGACAGACCAAAAUGCUUCAGAUGACGACAUUUUGAAAGAGUUGCAGGACAACGCCCAGUGCCAACCGAACAGCGAGGCGAGCCUGUCGGGAAGCAGCGUGGUGGAGUACAUCCCCAAUGCUGAUCGGCCCUACCGGUGCCGCCUGUGUCACUACGCAAGCGGGAACAAGGGCUACAUCAAGCAGCACUUGCGAGUCCAUCGGCAGAGACAGCCGUAUCAGUGUCCUAUCUGUGAGCACAUAGCUGACAACAGCAAGGAUCUGGAGAACCACAUGAUCAACCACUGUAAAACAAGAAUAUACCAGUGUAAGCAGUGCGAAGAGUCUUUUCAUUAUAAGAGUCAGCUGAGGAACCAUGAGAGAGAGCAACACAGUCUUCCAGAUACCUUGUCAGUAGCAACUUCUAAUGAGUCGAGGAUUGCCGGUGAUACAGCUGAUGGAAAAUGUAUUCAGGAAGGGACUAAGUCUUCAGUCCAGAAACAGUAUAGAUGUGAUGUGUGCGAUUAUACAAGUACAACAUACGUUGGAGUCAGAAACCACAGACGAAUCCAUAACUCCGACAAGCCAUACAGAUGCUCUCUGUGUGGGUACGUGUGCAGCCAUCCUCCGUCUUUGAAGUCUCACAUGUGGAAGCAUGCAAGUGACCAAAAUUACAACUAUGAACAAGUGAACAAGGCCAUCAAUGACGCCAUUUCACAGAGCGGCAGAGUUCUGGGGAGAUCCCCUGCAAAGACACUCUUAAGCAGCAGCGAGGAAAGCGCCGAUCCUGUCACUGGAAGUUCGGAAAAUUUGGUAUCAUCCUCAGAGCUGAUUUCUGAGGCUCCUGGUGAAGUCGUCGCUUCCAACGACAAUGAGAAACUGAGCCCUACAAGUAAUACCUCAUAUAGUUUGGAAAAAAACUCCAGUCUGGCGCCUCCUGGCAUGGAGUAUUGUGUCUUACUCUUCUGUUGUUGUAUCUGUGGCUUCGAAUCUACCAGCAAAGAAAAUCUCUUGGAUCAUAUGAAAGAGCAUGAGGGUGAGAUUGUAAACAUCAUCCUAAAUAAGGACCACGGCACCACUUUAAACACAAAUUAGAUUGAAUAAUGUCUUGAAGAGGAACACGGUAGAAGAGAAAUUCUUUAAAGCACGGUUUCCCCUUUGCGCUAUCAAGUAACUGAAGUAACUUACUAGACACAGAAGAAGUAGUUGGUGUGGUAUUUGGGUUUUGGUUUUUGGUUUUUUUGAGGAGAUGCAUGUGACUUCAGAACCAAAUUUGCAGUGUAAUAAAAAAAAUUCCUAGUGGAUACACACUAGUGAUAUUUAAAUAUUCUGAGUGAAGGGAAGUGGUUUGAGGAGGAAGCAAAGACGUAACCCUGUGUUAACCCUGUUACCUCUUCUGAGUAUUGAGUGUAUUUAUUAUUCAAAGCUUAUCAUAGUGUAGAAAUGCAAGCAAAAGAAUUAAGAAAGAGCUUUUCUGGAACUAUGUUAAAACUUGUUUUAGAAGUAUCACAAUCUUAAGCAGAGUUUAGUUUUUCUUCUUCAUUCUGAACUUGGACGUGCCAGCUCUAGAGGGACAGGCCUCUUGGGGGCAGUGGGAGGCUGCUCUCUGAGGGGUUUUCACUGUCACCAACAGAGUCAACAAGGAAAAGAUCACCAGAGGGCUUUGAAAUGAUCUACCUAAAUCUUCCCCCAAAUUGAUAGGAAUUAAUCCUAUGCUCAAUCUAAGAUACAGUACUACUUUUUUUUUUUUUUAAAGAAACAUUACUUCUUAAAGAAAGAAACCUCUGAAUCCAAAUCCAGAGUAUAAGUAGGCAUUUAAGACAUAACUUACUGUCUUAAAUUUACAGGGAAUUUCUUGUGAGCAAAGGAGAAAAUAGGUGCGUUCCCACCAGCCUCAAACCAAAUGAGAAGGUUCGUGAAAAUGGGGACUCCUUUAGCGCAGCACAUUCCCAAAGGCUCUUUUCAAAGUGCCUGACAGAACACCGCAGUUUUCUCCGUAGCUACACGGGCUCUGUAGUCCUCUUUCCCAAACCAGACCAAGUGUGGGAUCACAAAGGUCUAUUCAGGCAACAAAGUAUGAAAAGCUGCAUUUGAUCAUCAGGCCUUGGAAGUACUUGGAACUCUUAAAUAAAAAUCAUUUGGGGGAAGAGUGGUGAAAUUCAGAAUCCUCUUAAAAUGAGUACCACUGCGGAGAUCUGACCCUUCCGGAAGCUUAUUAAUCUAGUUGUACUUAGCAUGAGCGGUAUAAUCAGAUGUGGCUAAACUCUAGUAAAAAUUCAGGUUGUUUAUAAAACUUUUAAUAACAAACAUUUGGCAAGUCCACAGGGUUUCUCCCAGCUCGGAUAUUCCAUUUUGUCAGUGGGCAGUAGGACAUGUGGAAGACCAACUACCAGUGCUUUUGCUCUAAAACUCGCCACGGGAUACAUGUAAGCUUCUCAUCAGUUACACCGUUUUCGUAUAGUGUGUUCGAAGUGAAGAGAACAGGGGUGUUUUGUUUUCGCUUUUGUAGUGCUGAUCAUUUAUUUUUGUGUUGUUUUGUCAAAGUAAAUUCCGCACACAAGUCAAAAGGCGGGUGCACCACGCAGUGCACCAUCUUCAUGGUGCUCUUCCUGAACUUGAUUUCUAACACCUUCUAGUGCUGAGGCUGUGACUGUGAUAACCUUAGAACACACUGAAAACAAUUUAUUGAGUGGAGUACUCUGUAGACACCUUUAGGAAAGAAUUCCCAAACUCCAGGUAUGGGUUGAAUGAAUGAAUGUUUUUAAGGUCAUAUCAGAAACUACUCAAGUGGGGCCAGACCAUCUUGAAACAUUGUUUAAAUUUUUUUUAAAUCUCAUGUUGAUGAUAUUUAAACAGAAUUGAUCCUAACUUUGCAGCUGUUUGAUUUAGGUAGCUUUAACUUAUUUAUGAAAGUUACUCCAUUUCUGAUAGGUGGUUUUUAAAAAGAUAAAAUGAAUUUAUGUAUAUACUAAAUUAUAUUACCCAAAUUCACUGCAUGUGGAUUUAUAUUUUCUCCUGUUUUCAGAAUUAAAAUACAAUUAUAUUUAAUUUCAAAUAUAAGUAUUUUAAGUGGUUCCAUUUUUAUCACCUACUCUGAAAAUUAACAACCUUAGUAGCCAGAUUUUGUUUUAUAACGUUUCCUUGGUUUUAAUUUCAUGUAAUCAUUUGGAAAAUAUUAAUAACCCCCAAAAAUCCCAAAAACAUCAAUAGUGACUUUCUAAAUUACCUUCAGUUCCCUAAACCACUUCCAUUGAUUAUUACUUAAAUUUUCCAUUUGGAAUCAUGGAUUUGAAAUUUACCUAACUCAUGGAGAAAAAAUUAAUCCAGAAGUUCAAAAUCUUUCACAUUCACCUGAUUCUAGCCUAGAAUAUCCUCACACACUUUCCCCGGGAAGACAGGAGGACCCAUAAGGCAUGGGUGUUCUGUAGCUUCCUGUUACCAUUUUGUGGCAAGCCUUAAGAGAACAGUGUCUCUACUAAAAACAAUUGAACAUUUCUGAAAGUAAUAAUGAAGGCUAAGUAUGCAAUUUUAAUUAUAGAAGAGAUAGCUAUUUCAAUAAUCAGCAGGAAUUCUCCUUAUAGGAAUAACAUUUUACUUGUAGUAGAUCUUUUGCCAUAAUAAAGCUCAUAGUACUUGUUUUCCACUUUGGAGUUCUAAGAUUUGAUAGUAAAAAUAGUUUUUAAAAGAAAUGUACUAGGUAUGAGGCAAAGGUGGAAAGGGGGCAAGAAUGAUGCAUUGUGAUCAUUACAAGUAAUACUUUCCAGGGGGCCAGCAUUUUCUCUCCUCCUCUAAUAACCCAGAAGGUGGUGGGCAGCCCCACUGUUCUCCCAGUGCCCUGCCUGUAGACUUUAGUUCUGUGUCCAGCCAGUGCAGUGUACAGGCACUGACGGAAGCCUUUGUUCUAGAUCUCUCAUCCUAUUUGAGGUAGUUAUUGGUGGCUUCUUUAUUUUCUGUCUUUUCUCACAAAGCAGAUGGUGGGCACCCAUGUUUACAUUGUAUCUUCCCACAAUGUACUUGGCUUGACAAAGACAAGCAGGCUUCUCUAUUGAGACUUAUUAUAUUUUUAGUUUUCAUAGACACUUAUUUAAUCUUUUUUUAUUGUACAGCAAGGUGCUCUAAGUAAUAUUCUAUAAAAUAUAUUUAAUAGAAAUUUGAGUUUGAUAUUCAUGGACAUGAAUACAUGUAUUUUUUUAAGAAAUGAGUAUUGUGUAACACUAUGGCAUUGCUUCUAUAGCCAAAGUCUAAAAAUUUCUGGAACACUGACAUGUAAAGACUACAGUUAAUUCUGACACUGUAUCUUAUUAAAAUAGGAUGAUUUGCAUUUUGUAAAAUUAUCCUGCACAUCGAGCUGCAUGCCUUAAAGCCUAAAACUCUAGGAUCGUGUUCAUGGUAGAACAGUUCAUCUGUUCCACAAACAGUGAAGCAAGGUCUAUAGUGCUUCUUUAACUACCUUUGGAAAUACUGUACAAUGUUAGAAUAAUUUAUUUUGCUUUACAGGAGUUUGUCAUGUAUUGACUUUAAUAUUGUAUUUUGGUAAUAAAUUUUUUGUUAAAAACA